CAUAUGACUUUUGCUGCACGUGACUUUAUUUACAGUUGUGAUAUUUUAUGGAAUUGCGAAUACGUGCACUGAGUGAUCAUUUUGUGUGUACAUCUAUGACAUAAAGUCGAGGUUAUUGAAGAUUAAUUGAAGAACAAAUCAAAUAAAUAAUACGAAAUAUCAAGAGAUGUGGAGUUAUAUGUGAAUGAGAAAUAAAAUAGAAAAAAGAAUCAUAUGCAGGUGCUUCGUGCACGUAUGUCUACAUACAUAUAUGUAAUAUAUACUCCAUAUAUAUUUAUAUAUAUGAAUAUAUAUCUUUGUGUUCGUCUUUUUAUCGAAUAUUGUUUUACAAACAGUGAAAAUAGUAGAAAUGUGGGGCUAGUGAAUGGGCGACUUUUCAACCUAUGAUGCCUUUGAUCAAUAGACUUUUUGUUCCAAGAAAAAAUAUUAAAACCACUGCAGAUUGCAAAUUACCAGUUGAUAUUAGUGCAGGAACUCGCAUUCGAAACACAUUGAAUUUUGGAGCAGAUCAAAUAAGAGUUCUCUUAUUUCGUGAAUGUGAACGGCGUGGUAGAAAGUUACUUUUCGAUUCUCUUACUGCUGGAAAAAAUAAUGCAUCAACUUCAUCAACCUACCGCAGCACAAGCACUUCAUGUUCCAGGAAUGGAAAUGGACUCCCACAUGAAUGCGACAAAGAAGUCUGCGAUAACGUGAAUUUAUUGAGUGAAAUGGUGUUUGGAACCGUGGCUAUGACAUACAGAGGGACUCUUUUCAAAAUUCACACUUUGGAAUAUCCACGAUGCAUAAUAUGUACAAAAGUAUUCCCCGCACCAGAUCAUAUGAUUCGCAGGAACAAUGAGAAAUUGACCGAUGAAACUUUGGCAAUAUCUAACAAUAAUAAUAAUUCAAGUAAUGGAAAUAUGCGAAAGCUACUCUCUCGUGAUAGCUCAGGCAAUAUAUCAGGAAAUAGCUUGAGGAAGAGUUCAACAUGUUCAAGUACUUGCAGUGGUUGGGAUCUCGAUGUACCAAAAUUUCCAGUAUCACCUGCAAUGAACAGUCAUUCAGAAGGAUCCCUAGAGUCAAAUAGUAAUAGUACAUCAUCAUCGGGCUUUGGUAGUUAUCCGAGUCUUCGUAGAAGAUGGUUACGAGCGGUCUCAACAUCUUUGAAUCACUCUACAGAUGUAAAUUAUGAAAUGGAUGAAAUACUUGGGUUGCAAAUUUAUAGAGAUAAUAGCCCUUGCUUCAAUACUGCAGCUACUAAUACUAUUAGUAAUGGAAGUAAUAAUGCUGCUAUUACUGUUAUGACUAGUACGACUACUACAACAACAACAGCUACUACUGCUACAACUACGACUACCACUACUACCACUACUACUUCUACUACUACUAUUACUACUACUACAACUAUUACCACUACUACUACUACUACUACUAGUCAGAUGCCACUAUUGUGUCUUUCUACGUGCGAUGAUAUUUAUAAUUCUGGUAGACGUCGGCACAAAACAAGAUUGGGGCUCACGAUAAUCAUUAAAUUAACACCUGAACGAGAAAAAGAAAUGGAGUUGAGGAUUUUUGAGCAUGCAUCACAAUUAGAGGCAAUAUUAGAUAGACUUUGUCAGACGUGCAUAACUAGCAAUAAACAGAGAGGGCUCAUUGAGCGAUUACAUCAAACCUCUUUUCGAUGUACAUGCUGGUUACUGCGCCUACUUGUUACUAGGAAAUAUGGUGAUAAUGAUCUUUCAAUAUGGCACGAAAUUAUUCUCAACAAAUCAAUUUCAAAUUAUAAAAGAAGUACCAUGCUCUGUAGGAACUUUCAACAAAUGUGUCAGUUACUCAACAUCUUAGAUACUAAAUCAACGAACUUUUUUCUCAGUACAUUAAUUACAGCUGUCUUGACCUAUCAUUUGGGAUGGGUCAACAGCGUUGUAUCAUUAGAAGAAAAAAACUGGUUGGAGAAUAUGAAAAGAAAGUAUCCGUGUAACCCACUGUGGAUACAGUUAAGUGAGUUGUAUGGUACUUUGGGAAGUCCAUCAAAAAGAGUACAUACAAUUAUAACUGGUGAUGCAGAUAAAUUGCAUUUGAUCGAUGCAAUAUUAAAAUUUCUUUCCUACUUUAUUCGCAGUGCCAUUGUUAAAAGACAUUAUAUUUAUCGUAACACUUCGGGUGAAGAUGUACUAGAAGCUAUUGCUGUUAUAAAAAAAAAGCAGAGUAAAGCAUUCUCAUCUGCUAUUAUUUCAUCUUUUCGUCCACCAACAUCAGCAUUAUCAACGACAGUGGCAUCGGGCUUGGCUACCGCCUCGUCUUCUUCAUCUUCAUCAUGUUUUUCUUCUGGUCAUGAAUAUUCUACCGUCAAUAACUUGAGAAAUUCAUCUACAGGACGUUCGAACACAAAAAUAAUAACUGAACCCAACGAUAGAGUGGCCAAGUGCUCUUUAACGGAGAAAAAAGAUGAUUUUAACAUUCCAAGAUUAAAGAAAACUACAAGUUCAAGUAAAAAUCUCAAUCUAGAGAGCUCAAAUUGUCUAAAAUUGGAGGAGAAAGUUGCGUUGAAAUUGGAUUCAUAUCAAGAUGAUAUAGAAAGUUUCGAAAAAGAUGUGAUUAAUUCCAAAAUCAUUAAAAUAGUCGGAGAUAGUGAAAAAACUACGGCAAAUGCGCCAUUAUUGACACUGGAUGAAUGUCAAAAUAAAUUGGACUCAAAAACAAUGGAAUCAUUAUUGCUUCCCAAUCAUUGUGAUUCAAACAAGGAAGUGUGUUCAAUUAAUGUCACUGGUCCCAAUGAAAGAGAAGUAUACUUUUCCCAGAUUGCGUAUGAAAGUGAUAAACAGAAUCACGUUUUUUUCACUGUUGGUGAUGAAAAACGGGCAAUUAAUGAAAAAGAGCCAAUAGAGACAAAUCGAAAUUAUAGUUGUCAAUGUUCAUUUGCAUUUACACGCGUACCGAGUACCUCUGCUCAGUUGCCUGAAGGAGUUUUAAGAAAAAUUCUUCAGAGAAAUUUUCCCGAAACUUCGAAAAGUAUUCAACGUCCUGGUACAUCUCUGAGUAAAGAUAGAUCAUUUGGUAUUUCGUGUCCAAAGUGUAAUGGCUCAACUGCAAAUGGGAAUUUUGAAAGCAGGAAACUGCUUUUGGAAACACCAACUAAUGCAACUGAAGUUCUACGAACUUGCAGCGCAUCAACUAUCGGAAUACGGACUGGGCGUAACUGUCGAACUGACUGUUCAACUGUCGAUCAACUUUUGGAGGCCAAUAGUUUCAUUGAGUUGCCUAUGCCAAGGGGUAAAGAGGAUGACGAUGAUGAUGAUGAUGAUUUGAUGAAAGGACAAAGUGAAAUGAAGCCAACCGCAGGAUACACAGAUACUCUCUUGCAGAGAGCAGUCCUAAAAUCAGAUGGAGACAUUUUUUAUUCAGAUGUCCAUUAUACCGCAGAUCUUAUUAUCCAGGGUUUAAUAAAGAAAUCCAAUCAAAGUGAUAAACUGGAUAAAGAUAUUAAUGAAAAGAAAACAACGGAUAGUGUUAUAAAUCCAACAAUGGAAAGUCAAUUAUCAGAGUUAGUCAAUGAUAUUGGCCUGUCCACUAAACAUUCACUCUUUGAUUAUUCAAUCUCGGAAUCCCUCUGUAUUGUGGCUGAUAUCGAUAAUUGUCAAGUUGGACUCAUUUCUAAUAAAUUACCAAUGUAUAAUUCAUUAUUACCAGUCGGCAUGUCGAAAUUAGUAUCGGGAAUGUUGGAGCCAUUUGUUUAUUUGUGGACGAAGGACAAAUCACCGCUAUAUUGUUUUACCAUCUUGGAAUCUAAAAUGCGAGAAAUGUGGCUCCGGAGUGAAGCUCUAGCACAAUUGAUAAUGACAAUGGAUAUAUGUAGUAUCAAUCUUGCUAAUUUAACCAGUGUAUUAGAUAUUGAUGCUGCAGAUGUACCACUUUUGUUGGCAGUUGCCGCGACACACUCUCCACAAAUGUUCCAAAGAAUUGGUUUUACCUAUACUUGAGGAAACCGCAAAACAAUCGAGGUAUAUAAGACGAUACCAAAUUACAAAUGUCCAUUUGACAAGCAAUUCGAAGUUUUUCUUCAUUAAAAGUUAAUUUGUACAAAUAUAAUACUAUCAUUAGUGACUUCAUACCAAAAAUAAUCGACCCGAUGCCGUCAAUUAAGAAUAUAGCAUUAAGUCCAUAUUUUUUUUACUCAAUCAUUAAUAAAACAUUGUAAAAAUAUAAUAACCUAUUUUUUAUACUGCGCAUUUUUCAUUAUUAUCAUUCAAAUAUGGAAAUAAAAAAAAAAGAAUGUUUCAUUCGGUCGUUUUUAGAUUUUAUCUGCAGUCAUUUUUUUUUGUUAAGACUACGUUCAAUAGUUUGUGUAAUUGGAAAAAUUAUGGAAAUUUGCCCUCAAUCCCAUCGGUGAAUAUUGUGCUACAAGUUUUAUACAAUUAUAAUAUGAAUUAUUUCUAUAUUGAAUUUGUUUCGCAGUCGUCCAGUAGAUUAUCAUCGCCCUUCUGUAAUUCUGUUGAAAAAGACCAUUUGUGUAUGUUGAUUGGAUUUUUGUUCCCCACAUAUACCUACAAUUUGAUAGAUGACAAUUAAUAUAAGUAAAUAAAAUGUAUAGGUGGAUCACCGUGAAAAUUGUAAAUGUUGCUGUUGUUGUGAUGGUCAAUCGAAAUUGUUCAAAUAUAUCCAGCCAGAUGUACCCAAAUCUUUCGCUCCGAUACGUGUACAUAAAAAUUAUUGUGAUGAUAAAUU